AUGAGUUGGGACGUAGCAAAGUCCAUCGAGUUGCACAAUCGCAUUGUCGCCCAUGCCCGCUCGCACCUUCCACCCGAACACCAACCCAUCAUCCAGCGCAAUUGGUUCGCCGUACACUCACUAGAUCCAGCUUCCCCAGGCUUCGAAUUCGACCUUGACAAUGAACUGACAGAAUUUCUAUCUGGCAUCGAUUUAGUCGCACCCAACGAAGCUAGUAAUCAUCUAGCUUUCAACCCAGUCCUCGUUGGCAUCGUGAACCCACACGGUCGUUACGGUUUGCGAACCCAAUCAUGGGAGGAUUGGGAUGAUGACCACGCUGAUCUCAUCGUUUUAUACCAGAACACGGGGUAUGAUCCAGCUGGGCUGGUUUACAAUCUGGAAACGCAGCAGGUUACCUACUUGGAAGACGCAUUUACCUCACCCUAUGAACCCGAUGAGAUGAAGCUUCCGUGGGUUGAUCUUGAUGAAGUUCUACAACUCUAUUGGGACUGCGUCGAAUCUGGGAAGUUUGUUAUAGAUGCGCAAAACCCUGGGUUUGGCGAACCUGAUAAUCUUGCGACGCAGGGGUGGAGAGUUGAGCUAUGUACGGAGAAAGAGAUGGAUCAGGUGUUGGAUGUGUGGGGUAAAUUGGUUGACGCGAUUGCUAAGAGACUGCCUGCAUCUGGCGCGCGAGAGGAAAAGAAGGAGGAUGAAGACCAGACAGAAGACGAAGAACGCCAGCGCAAGAAGAGGAGGAAGCACGAAGAACCUUUGAUCUCUACCGAGGUCUUGAAUAAGUACCCAGCGAUCCCGCCGUUCCUCGACGUGCCUGAUGAAGACUUCAUCCAUCGCGUAGGAGCGGAGAUGCAAAACAGACACCCCGAUGCUACUCUCGAAGAGCCGCAACACGGGACAUCCGAGAGUUAUCUGUUUCUACUUUUUCCGUGGCGCACAUCAGGCAUCGAGCUCAUUUCCGAACGCGACCAGGAGAAUUGGAAGCCUCAACAUGGAUCUAGCAUUUUGGACAAUCGCGGAGGACUAUACAUUCAGCCCGACGACUUCUACUCGUAUUGCGGCACGUUACUGCUGCCAUUUCCUCUCGGGAGUAACGGUCAUGUUCUGCAAGGUGACGAUACCAAAGUAAAAGCAUAUGAGCCGGGUCAGGAUGUGUUGUAUCGUCGCGGCAUAGGUAAUCCCUUUGUACCUGGCUGGGGAACGCCGUUGACUGCUAUUUUGAUCAAUUGGUGGGAGCAAGUCGAGAAUGACUCCUGGGGUGUUGAUGAGAAUGGAGUUGCUGGGGGAGAUAAGCUCUGGAAGAAAGCGGAUACCGAGGAGGGUGCUGAGGACUUCAAAAUCUAG